UAAAUAAAUAAAAUCUUUUAAAAAAGAGAAAAUGCAUAAAAUGCCUAGAACAGGCUCCUGCUGAGAGUUGGCCGCCACUGCUGUCCUUAGAUCAUGUGACCUUCCUGCUUGGACCCUCCCGAUCAGUGGGCCCAUCUCAAUUAAGAGCCAGAGCCCUGAUUUUCCUUGCCCUCAUUGACUUGGCCUCCAGUCAUAUCUCCUUGGCAUAGUGCUCUCACCUGCCACACCACACUCCUUCCCCAGGGCCUUUGUUCUCUGUGUACUUGGAAUGUCCCCUCCUCACACCCCUACUGCCCACCUGGCUCACUCUCCUUACCUUCGGAUGGACACCAGCCGUGAGACCGUCCCUGUCCACCCUUUCCGAAGCUGCCUCCCCUUCCCCAGUUCUUUGUUUUUUCUUGAGCACUUCUCAGUUUUUCUUAGUCAUUACUUGACUCCUGCUAAAACGUGAACUCUGGGGGGCAGGGAUUUUGUCUGUUUGGUGUCCUCAGCAUCUAGGAUAGGGUGUGUGUGCCAUUUGUAAGGUGUUCAAUAAAUAUUUGUUGAUUGGGUGGAGAAAGCUUGCAUAGGGAAAGUAAGGAACUUGUCCAGGACUGCCCCACUGUGGGGCUUUGCCCUGGGAGCUGCAGCCUUCUAGGGCUGGGCAGGUUUUCCUGGUCUCCCAAGGGGCGCACACUUCUCUCCAACCCACCCUUUGUGCCUUUUCAAGGCUUCCUUUCAUCAGUUAUUAUCAUCUUUGCUUUGUGCUUUUAUAUGGCUGUUUCUUAGCCUUUUAACAUUGUAGCAGGUGUUCCCCGUCCUGUACUGCCAUUUGUCUUCAAUCCCCCCAUUUCCUCAUGUCUUCAUUUUAGCUUUUUUUAAGCCCCCAGAAUCACAGAUUGGCUCUAGUUGGAGCUGGGCAGACCUGCCAGGUGCUGACAGGUUUGGCCCUGGUCUGAUCUGUGUUCUGUAGCACUGGGCAUGCUGACCUGCCUGUCCUUUUCUUAAAAUGAUCUUUCUUGGUUGCCAGGAGACUGGCGUUACUCCACUUGGUGUUCUGGUGCCUCUCUGGCUGCAGUCUUCUCAGCGUUUACUGCAGUUCACUCUUUAUCUGUCAUUAUCUAUGUGCUGCAUUUCCUUCAUCCUUAGCACCUUUGAUGGAAACACCUCUGGGGGAGGUAUUGUGUUAAGUUACCAUUGCACCAGAACAGUAAGGACAUCUUAGAAUCUUGGAAAUAGAGUGACAGCUCCAUGGUCAUUGCCCUUCCAACUGCCCAGGUGGUAGGGACCUUGUCUCUUGUUUGUGGUAGCGCCUCCCUCAGAGUAGACGAUCAGUGUUUGGUGAAUUAAUUGAUUAAAUCUAAACAAGUCUCUGGUUUAUAUGCUGUGUUACCUUCACAAUAUGGCCACUAUGCUCUGUCCCUUCACCGCAAACUUUUUAAAUGUGUGAUGUUUGCUGACUCCUGUCUAUGUAGUCAGGCUGCCCCCUGUGCACAUAUGGGCAUGCAUGUGCAUACCUGCGCCCGUGUGCAUGGCAUAUUUGUGUAUUUGUGCAUCUGCACUGUGUAUGUGCCCCUGCAUGUGCUUCUGCUCUGAUGCCUGUGCCUCCUGCAGACCUCUGGGUUCAGGAUUGCCCCCUGAGCUUUCCUUCUCAGCCUCAUGUUAGCCCUCUUGUCCUGCUUCCUCUGGAGUGAAGCUUCUCAGAGUUGCGUCCUCGCCCCUCUUCUUGCUCUGUGUUCCCUCUCUGGAUGGCCUCUUUUCUGUGGUUUUGACGACUACCGCCUUGCUAAAGCAUUCUGGCCCCUUUUUCUGGGCCAGUUACAGUUCCAGAGCUGUAGACUCAGCACCUGUUGGACAGAAAUGCCUGGAGGCUUCAUCUAUUCCCCUCUGCGGGCUCCUGCCUGAAUGCUGGAACAUGUGUUCCUCCAGGAAAAAGCCUCAUUGGCUUUCAGUUCCCUCUUGUCUGUGCUCUCCCGCCUCUACCCUGUUGGCAGAGCAGUCAGCCCUGUGUCUUCACUGUUCUAGAAAGCUCCUGUCCCUCUUUCACACCUUGGCCCUCUGGCCGAGAGGACUCCUGUGCCUUGGUUACAGGGACUGUGCCUGGUUAGUCUUCUUUCUCAAAUAGGGAUUGAAUUGUGGCAUGAGGGUCACCUCGCCCUUGGUGGCUCCUCAUUGCCCCCAGGGUGGAGCCAGGCUCCAGAUGGCACUUAGAACUCCCUGGGCCUCGGCUUCAGCUGUCUCCUGUAGCUGCCCCACCAACCCUGGCCUGGCUCCCUUCCCACAGCCACCACCCCUUCCUCUACUGAGAACAGAACCACGCCACCUCUGGCGACUUCAGCACGCUGCAUCACUGUCCCGGUCCACGUGCCACCUUGUGGGCCCAGGAGAGCCCUGGGGUCCAGGGUGGCAGAGCGCCUGGCCGUGCCUCUGAGGCCCUAGUGCUGCAGAGUUGAGCCGAGGGUCUCGCGCUCGCCCUCUGACUGACCCAGCCCUGGCAGGUAGAAGAAGAAAGGUGCCACUUUGGCACGAAGAGAGAAUCGCUUAGUCGUCAGUCAUUUAAGCUGAGUGCAUUGUGAUUUCCAAUAAUUGAGGCAGUGGUUCUAAAAGCUGUCUACAUUAAUGAAAAGAGCAAUGUGGCCAGCUUGACUAAGCCGUCAGUGUGUGCAGCGCGGGCAGGACGGCACCGGGUCUCAACGGACUUGUGCAUGUUAGCUGUAUAGAUUUAUGUAAGGUUUUAAAACUGGUCUUUUAAAUAGUCUUAACUACUUUUACUAUGGAGACAUAUGAGAGUCCCUCUCCUCUCCCGCGUGAGCCCGCAGGAGAAGCGGUGAUGGAGAAACGUGCUUGUCCCCUCCAAGCGCUGCCCUGUGAACAGUCUCCACCACCUCCCCUGCAAACGUCCAGUGAUGCAGAGGUAAUGGACGUUGGCUCUGGUGGUGAUGGACAGGCCGAACCCCCUGCUGAGGACCCACUCAACUUCUACGGAGCUUCUCUUCUCUCCAAAGGAUCCUUCUCUAAAGCCCGCCUCCUCAUAGACCCGAACUGUAGUGGCCACAGCCCACGCACCGCCCGGCACGCACCUGCGGUCCGGAAGUUCUCCCCUGACCUUAAGUUGCUUAAGGAUGUAAAGAUUAGCGUGAGCUUUACGGAGAGCUGCAGGAGUAAGGACAGGAAGGUGCUGUACACAGGAGUGGAGCGCGACACUCGUGCGGAGUGCGGUCUGGCCCUUAGCCCUGUCAGUGGAGACGUGCAUGCUUGUCCCUUUGGUGGGAGUGUUGGUAACGGGGUAGGCAUAGGGGGUGAGAGUGCUGAUAAGAAGGAUGAGGAGAAUGAGCUGGAUCAGGAAAAGAGAGUGGAGUAUGCAGUGCUCGAUGAGUUAGAAGAUUUUACUGACAAUUUGGAGCUAGAUGAAGAAGGAACAGGCGGGUUCACGGCUAAAGCAAUCGUGCAAAGAGACAGAGUGGAUGAAGAGGCCUUGAAUUUCUCCUACGAGGACGAUUUUGACAAUGACGUCGAUGCUCUUCUGGAAGAAGGCCUUUGUGCUCCCAAAAAGAGGAGAGUGGAGGAGAAAUACGGAGGAGACAGCGACCACCCGUCUGAUGGAGAGACGAGUGUACAGCCGAUGAUGACCAAGAUUAAAACAGUGCUCAAAAGUCGUGGCCGCCCACCUACGGAACCACUGCCCGAUGGGUGGAUCAUGACAUUCCAUAACUCCGGAGUCCCUGUGUACCUGCACAGAGAGUCUCGGGUGGUCACCUGGUCCCGGCCGUACUUCUUGGGAACAGGAAGCAUACGGAAACAUGACCCUCCUCUGAGUAGCAUCCCCUGUCUGCAUUACAAGAAAAUGAAGGACAACGAGGAAAGGGAGCAAAACAGUGAGCUCGCCCCUAGUGGGGAGGUAUCCCCUGUCAAACCCCUCAGCCGAUCUACAGAGCUGGAGUUCCCCCUGGAAGAGCCUGACUCCAUGGGGGCUGACUUGGGGCCUCCAGAUGAGAAGGACCCGCUGGGGGCUGAGGCCGCCCCUGGAGCCCUGGGGCAGGUGAAGGCCAAAGUUGAGGUGUGCAAAGACGAAUCAGUUGAUCUUGAGGAAUUUCGGAGCUACCUGGAGAAGCGUUUUGACUUUGAGCAAGUUACUGUGAAGAAAUUCAGGACCUGGGCUGAGCGGCGGCAGUUUAACCGGGAAAUGAAACGGAAACAGGCCGAGUCUGAGCGGCCCAUCCUGCCGGCCAAUCAGAAGCUUAUCACUCUGUCUGUGCAAGAUGCACCCACAAAGAAAGAAUUUGUCAUUAACCCCAAUGGGAAAUCUGAGGUCUGCAUCCUGCACGAGUACAUGCAGCGUGUCCUCAAGGUCCGCCCUGUUUAUAACUUCUUUGAAUGUGAGAACCCAAGUGAGCCUUUUGGUGCCUCGGUGACCAUUGAUGGUGUGACCUAUGGAUCUGGAACUGCAAGCAGCAAAAAACUGGCGAAGAAUAAAGCUGCGAGAGCUACACUGGAAAUCCUCAUCCCUGACUUCGUUAAACAGACUUCUGAGGAGAAGCCCAAAGACAGCGAAGAGCUUGAGUAUUUUAACCACAUCAGCAUCGAGGACUCACGGGUGUAUGAGCUGACCAGCAAGGCCGGACUGUUGUCUCCCUAUCAGAUCCUUCACGAGUGCCUUAAACGAAACCAUGGAAUGGGUGACACAUCCAUCAAGUUUGAAGUGGUUCCUGGUAAAAACCAGAAGAGUGAAUAUGUCAUGGCGUGCGGCAAGCACACAGUGCGAGGCUGGUGUAAAAAUAAGAGAGUUGGGAAACAGUUAGCCUCUCAGAAAAUUCUUCAGCUGCUGCACCCACAUGUCAAGAACUGGGGGUCUUUACUGCGCAUGUAUGGCCGUGAAAGCAGCAAGAUGGUCAAACAGGAGACCUCAGACAAGAGUGUGAUCGAGCUGCAGCAGUACGCCAAGAAGAACAAGCCCAACCUGCACAUCCUGAGCAAGCUGCAGGAGGAGAUGAAGAGGCUGGCCGAGGAGAGGGAGGAGACUCGGAAGAAGCCCAAGAUGUCUAUUGUGGCAUCAGCCCAGCCUGGCGGUGAACCCCUGUGCACUGUGGAUGUGUGAGGAGGUAGCAGACUGGGCAUGGGGGCUGCCAGCUCUGCUGCUGGGGAGACCACGCACUGCGCACUCUGCAGCCCCUUGCCUCCAAUCUAAGUUCCUCUCCUACAGCCACACGUCUGAGGGGUGGGGAUCCAGUACGUGGGGACAGCCAGGGCCAUGUACUGUACCAUACUGUACCGUACCAUUUCCUUGGGGGCCACCCACAAGUCUGAGUGGGCAUGUUAAAACAUCAGCUCAGCCUGCCUGCACAGGUGGAAGCUGAGCUUGGAGAUGACCUCUCUUGUAUGGACUUACUGCAGACUGGUUUUAUGAAGGUUUUCAUGAGUUUUAGUACACAACCUGCACUGACAAGAAACAGUAGUUGAUGACAAGAUGAAAUGAGAAAGUGAUGGUCGGGUCACAUGACACCCUGUGCCCAGGAGUCGCAUGGGCUGCUGAGGGGCCUGGCGGGAAGGCUCGCGCUGGCAGCCUUCCCCUUCCUGUCUCCUGUGUUCCCCUUUCUCUGAAAAUGUUAUAACAGGAAUGAGCAUUUCAGACUGUUUUGGUUUAAAAUAAACACAAUGUUAGUAUCAGAACUAUUUUUCAGAGAUUGCAGGCAAAUCAUCAAGGUGAUUUAUUCAGUGUGAGCCUCAGUCUAGCUUUUUGCCCAAGCCCUGAGCUGGGGUGUGGUCCAUUUUUCUGUUUUUAAUUUUUAACUUUAAUUUUGAUUUUAGAGAUAGAGACACAUGGAUUUGUUGUUCCAGUUAUUUACACAUUCUUUGGUUGAUCCUGUAUGUGCCCUGACUGGGGAACAGAUCUGCAGCCUUGUGUAUUGGGAUGACAUUCUCUAACUGCGCUGCCUGGCCAGGGCCUUCUGAGUACGUCUUAAUGUUCUAAAAACACACCUCAGACAUCAAGGCCCCUUACCUGGCCUCUGGCAACUUUUUACUAAAGAUUUUUGCACAGUCAAUUCCCUCUGUCCACCCUUAAUUUUUAAAGCUUUUAUGAUAUUUUAGCAUUUGGAAAGAAACAGUGCGUAGAAGAUAGAUUUGGAAUUAUGUAGCAGAUAUGAACAGUUAAUGCAUUUUAGCACGUGGAUUUAUUUAAGAGGAAACAAGGACCUUUAGUGCAAUCCACUCUUGAUCACAAACUGGCACUCCUCUCCAGAGGUGGUGCCAGCACAUGGGCGGUGGCUUCAUGGAUUUCAGAGGCAGCUGCCUUGUGCGGCCGGGCCUGGUGACCAUCUUACUCCUGACCAGCAGCCUGUGGUCUCCAGGUGGCCCCUGUGGACAGGUGCAGGGGUAGAUGUGACCCUGGGUUGUCCCCAUAUGCAAGGCAGUGGUGGUGAACCAUCUGUUUCCUGUCCCUGAGCACCUGUUCAGGGUGCCACAUGCUCACGGUGCACUGCCAGAUACAGGAGCCCAGCACUGGGUUGCAUUGUUAACAUUCUUGGGGUGUGCCUGUCCUCCACCACAUCCCCUGUGGAUGCUGUUUGCUUCCAGGAAGACAAUGUUGGCCUUGUGGGCCACCCAGUGUAUCCCUCCCUCGGCGCCUGUGUGACCAAGGUUGGGUUCUGUGUUGACCUUUAUAAAACAGAAUUCUCAAUCAAGUUGCUGUAAUUAUACACUUGCUUCUGUCUUGCCUCCUGUCUGCAGCUGUGAAUAAUCAUUUGACCGUGACUGUUUGCCCUUAAAACAGGCAGAUGCACCAUUGUGAACCAAAGCUUUGUGCACGUGUUACUAGAAGUGGGUGAGCCUCACUGUGGCCUUCCCAAGUCUUUCCUCUGUCCCAUGUGUGGGUGCGAGUGUUGUGUGCACACAGCUGUACUGUGAGGGUGGAGGGCAAGGAGAGCCUCUGCUGAUGCCAUCUGUCAUGUGCCUCCCAGGUGGCAGCUGGGCCAUUGCUGUUAACAGUGACCCUUGAUUGGACACAUAAAACAAAAUGACCAAAA